AUGACGCUUGAUACGGUGAAUAAUGCAUUCCUCUUUUAUCAGAAGUAUGCAAUGGCUUCAGGCUUCACUGCCAGGAAGUCUUCUCAAUACACGCCUCAUGGUGUUAUAAAAUCUAAAUGGUUCGUUUGCUUAAAGGAGGGGACUAAACCUUUUAAGGCGAUCGAUACAUCUAAAGAAAUUGACACCUCAAAUAAUAGGUCAAAGAGGAAAUCCAUUCGACGUGUUCCUUCUAUAAGGACGGGUUGCAAAUCACGUAUGUGUGUGAAGUUAAAUGCUUCGAAUCUAUACGAGGUAUAUUCUUUCAAGGAGGCCCAUAAUCACUAUUUUAUUGUUGUGGAAGAUAGGCAUUUACUUCUCGCUAACCGAGGUAUGAACUAUAUGCAAGAGCAAGCCGUUAACGCGUUGAGCGCCUUGAACAUUGGACCGGUCAAAGCGUUUAAUAUCAUGAGGACACUAUAUGGUAGGUUUGACAAGGUUGGGACAACCAAAAACGAUUUUAAAAAUUUUAAGCGAGACCUGAACAUGUAUAUAUCUGGGUUUGACGCUGAUAUGAUGAUUAAACGGAUAUUGAGGAAGAAAGAGUACAUGCCAAACUUUUCAAUGGAGUAUAUAACCACAGAAGAUGGGGUUUUAAGGGCGUUGUUUUGGGCCGAUGAAGAUGCCAAAAGGAAAUUUUCGGUGUUUGGUGACGUUGUUUCAUUUGAUGCCACAUAUUGUCGUAACAAGUAA